AUGUCUGCAGAUCCCGUCUUGGAAGAGUUUCCUUUGGAAGCUAUGGAAGAAAUUGAUGUUGUUGCUAAAGAAUGGAUCCAAGAACAAUCAGAUAAGGAAGUGAAACGUAUUAGAGACGUCGGCUCAAGCGUUUUACCCCUCAAGAUCAGUAAUUGCGGUAUCAUCACCAACUUUGAUAACAAAAAGCCUAGAGCCAUCAACAGAGUGGAGCUCGAUACAAACUGCGAUUUGUCCAAAGUGCAACAAAUCAUGGUCUCUCCUCCUACUCCUUAUCCCCACAAGGACAACUUCAAUUAUGUGAAUCUGAUUCUUGUCACAAGUCAACCAAUUCCAUUUUUAGCACCUUACCUUUACAAAACUAACUUGAAGGUAACACAGCCUGAGAGAGAAGAAGGUGGUCGGAAAUAUCCUAGCAAAGAAGUCAUCUUGAAGAACGAUUUGCGCGAUUAUCUCUUGAUUAAUAAAAAUGGUGUUCGAGCUCGUUUUACCAUUCAUGAAUAUCAUGAUGUGUAA